GGUGGCGGUGGCUAGAGGCCGGGGCAGCGCAGUCUGCUGCUGCCGCCGCCGCCGCCCGUCCUCGCGAACCAAGCCCGGACACCAUGCUGCAAGAAGAGUGACCCCUUCCUCUGUUUCCACAAUGGAGGACUCCGGAAAGACUUUCAGCUCUGAGGAGGAAGAAGCAAGCUACUGGAAAGAUCUGGCCAUGACCUACAAGCAGAGGGCCGAAAAUACCCAAGAGGAGCUGCGAGAGUUCCAGGAGGGAAGCCGCGAGUAUGAAGCCGAACUGGAGACGCAGCUGCAACAGAUUGAAACCAGGAACAGGGACCUCCUGUCGGAAAAUAAUCGCCUUCGCCUAGAGCUAGAAACCAUCAAGGACAAGUUUGAAACGCAGCACUCUGAAGGCCACCGGCAGAUCUCAGCCUUAGAGGAUGACCUCGCCCAGACCAAAGCAAUCAAGGAUCAACUUCAGAAAUACAUCAGAGAGCUGGAGCAAGCCAACGAUGACUUGGAAAGAGCAAAACGGGCCACGAUCAUGUCUCUGGAGGACUUUGAGCAGCGUUUGAAUCAAGCCAUUGAGAGAAAUGCCUUCCUGGAGAGUGAACUUGAUGAGAAGGAGAAUCUUCUCGAAUCUGUUCAGCGCCUGAAAGAUGAAGCCAGAGAUUUGCGGCAGGAAUUGGCUGUGCAGCAGAAGCAGGAGAAACCCAGGACGCCCAUGCCCAACUCGGUGGAGGCCAACAAGACAGACACAGCUGUGCAGGCCACGGGCUCCGUGCCGUCCACCCCCAUAGCUCAUCGGGGACCCAGCGCCAGCUUAAACACACCGGGGACGUUCAGACGUGGUCUGGAUGACUCCACGGGUGGGACCCCCCUCACGCCCGCAGCCCGGAUAUCGGCCCUCAACAUUGUGGGAGACCUGCUGCGGAAAGUAGGGGCGCUGGAGUCCAAACUUGCAUCCUGCCGGAACUUCGUGUACGAUCAGUCCCCAAACCGAACAAGCGGCCCGGCCUCGGGGCGGGGGAGCAAACACAGAGAUGGCGGUGGCGAGAGACAGCCAAGCAGCAGCGGCGUGCCUCUAGGUGACAAAGGGUUGGGAAAACGCCUGGAAUUUGGGAAGCCGCCUUCAAAUAUUUCCUCACCGUCGCUGCCGUCAGCCCAGGGUGUAGUCAAGAUGUUGCUUUAGGAAAUCCACGGAAGCCGAAGCCCCUGGUGUGUCUGUGUGGGAGUCGUUGCUUUUCUUUCCCUCCUUAAACUAGGUUUUUGCUUUCUUUAAGUUAGUUUAAGAACUACGAGCAAACAGUCACACUAGCCACUGAGGCCAUCGCCCAUGGCCCCUGGUAGCUGUCCCCGUGAAAUGUUGUCUCCUCCUCCCCAGCCUCCUUGCCAGUGCGUUGCAAAUCGACAGGGACAAACCGGACCCUCUGGACAGGGCUCCGUGGUGUGGAUGCUGAGGCCACCCCAUCAUUUUGAACUGACCUGAGUGUUGAAGGAUUUGGGGGUGUUUUUUUAAUGACUGGAAUUGCCUUAAAAAUGGGAUGUGAGCCCAUCUCAGGCCCAGGCUAUCUUCCAUAAGAAAAUCUCCGUGCUCUGUGGCACCAGAAGGGUCUGUGUACUGAAAUUGUGUCUAAGAGAGAAGAGUAGGAUAGGCACGUGCCUUUUUUUAAAAAAACACACCAUGGUGUAGUGUACCUCUGGGACUCACUCUGCCUCUCACUGAGGCGUUGGGAGCUGUGCUUGUGUUUCAGAGGCGAUCUUGUGUGGACAAGGGCGAUGGAAACAUCUGUAUCUUCUUUAGAUUGUUCCCGAUAGUUGGGUUUCCUGGAACUUGUGCCCUGGCCCUGGGGGUGACCUCCCCGACGGUCGUUGGGGUGGCGUGGCCUUAGGAGUACAGCCCCUAAGAACAGAACUUCAUUCAAAGCCAUGAUAAAGUAACCAUGGUGGCCUCCACAUAGGAUUGAACCACAGGAUUGUUGUUGGAAGCUUCCUUGUGAAAGAAGACACAAACACGGGAUUUUCACGUGGACGGAGUAUGUGCUCAGCCCUGCCCGUCGUGAACGGCUGGCUCACACUUUUGGAGGCAAGUUAAAAAGAACACGUGAAUUUGGGAGCAUGCGCGCAGCUUAACCACCCUUUGUUACUAAGUUAUUUUUCCAAGAGAAUAGCAGAAAUAUCCUUGAGUUGAAAAUAGAACUUUUCAAGUGCUUUUGAAAUUCAACAGAGAAUUAAUCUCUGGUGCCCAGUUCAUUACCAUGGGAACAUUCUAACCUGUAUCGGGAAAAGACGGACUUCUAUUUUUUUAAAAGAACAAUAAAAUCAAGAGAAACUCAU